AGGUUCCUUAUUUUUGUAUAAAGAACGAGAGAAGUCAACCUGUUGAGAUUAUGGCACUGAAACAGAUUUCCAGCAACAAAUGCUUUGAGGGUUUCCAGAAGGUGUUUGAACAUGACAGUAUAGAGUUAAAAUGCAAAAUGAGGUUUGGAAUCUAUUUGCCACCAAAAGCAGAAAUUGGGAAGUGUCCUGUGCUGUACUGGCUCUCAGGAUUAACUUGCACGGAACAAAACUUUAUUACCAAAUCUGGUUUUCAUCAAGCUGCAGCUGAACAUGGCCUCAUUGUAGUUGCACCAGAUACCAGCCCAAGUGGCUGCAAUAUUGAAGGAGAAGAUGAGAGCUGGGAUUUUGGCACAGGUGCUGGUUUUUAUGUAGACGCCACUGAAGAACCAUGGAAAACCAACUAUAGAAUGUACUCGUACAUAAAGGAUGAGCUGCCUAAAUUAAUAAAAGCCAAUUUUCCAGCUGACUCAGAAAGGAUGUCUAUUUUUGGGCACUCAAUGGGGGGCCAUGGUGCUCUUAUCCUUGCUUUGAAGAAUCCUGGAAAAUACAAAUCUGUAUCCGCAUUUGCUCCUAUCUGCAACCCAGUUCAGUGUCCCUGGGGGAAGAAAGCCUUUGGUGGAUAUCUGGGAUCAGAUCUAACGAAAUGGGAGGCAUAUGAUGCUACCCAUCUUGUGAAGUCUUAUCCAGACUCCCAUCUCGACAUCUUAAUUGAUCAAGGCAAAGAUGACCAGUUCCUUUCAGCAGGGCAGUUACUGCCGGACAACUUCAUUGCUGCCUGCACAGAGCGGAAAAUCCCUGUAGUCUUUAGAUUGAACAGGUAG